AUGCCAACCCCGAACAUCUCCACCUCUGCAGCCAAAGGCUUCCGCAGGGCGGUGUCGGAGCUGGACUCCAAGCAAGCCGAGGCCAUCAUGUCUCCACGGUUCAUUGGAAGACGUCAAAGCCUCAUUGAAGAUGCCAGGAAGGAAAGAGAGGCUGCGGCUGCAGCCACUGAUGCUGCAGAGUCUACAGAGACCAUUGUAUUCGAGGAGAAGGAUGGCAGAGCCAUGCUGAACCUCUUCUUCAUGCUCAAGGGAUCCAAGACUUCACCACUCUCCCGUGUCCUCAAGGUGUUUGAGACAUUUGAAGCUAAAAUUCAACACCUAGAGACCAGGCUUAGCCGAAAGCCCCGUGAAGGGACCGCUGAACUGGAAUACUUUGUGCGCUGUGAAGUCCACAGCUCUGACCUCAAUACUUUCAUUAGCUCCAUCAAGAGGGUGGCAGAAGAUGUGAGGACCACUAAGGAGGACAAAUUUCACUGGUUUCCCAGAAAAAUCUGUGAAUUGGACAAGUGCCACCAUUUGGUCACCAAAUUUGACCCUGACUUGGAUCUGGAUCACCCGGGCUACUCUGAUCAAGUGUAUCGCCAGAGAAGGAAAUCGAUAGCAGAGAUUGCUUUUCACUAUAAGCAUGGUGACCCGAUCCCUCAUGUGGAGUACACGGCGGAGGAGACAGCUACCUGGAAGGAGGUGUACAGCACCCUGAAGAGCUUGUACCCCACCCAUGCCUGCAAGGAGUACCUUGAAGCUUUCAGUCUACUGGAGAAAUUCUGUGGCUACAAUGAGAACAAUAUUCCUCAGCUGGAGGAAGUUUCCCGCUUCCUGAAAGAGAGGACUGGAUUCCAGCUCCGGCCAGUGGCUGGCCUGUUGUCAGCCCGGGACUUCCUGGCCAGCCUGGCCUUCCGCGUCUUCCAGUGCACGCAGUACAUCCGCCACGCGUCCUCACCCAUGCACUCCCCCGAGCCGGAUUGCUGUCACGAGCUGCUGGGCCAUGUCCCGAUGCUGGCUGAUAAGACAUUUGCCCAGUUCUCUCAGGACAUUGGGCUGGCAUCUCUGGGAGCAACCGAUGAAGAAAUUGAGAAACUAGCAACGCUUUACUGGUUUACAGUGGAGUUUGGGCUCUGCAGACAGAAUGGAAUAGUCAAAGCCUACGGAGCUGGGCUCCUCUCUUCCUACGGGGAGCUCAUACACUCCUUGUCAGAUGAACCAGAGGUGCGGGAUUUCGACCCUGAUGCUGCAGCUGUUCAGCCCUACCAGGACCAGAACUACCAGCCUGUUUAUUUUGUGUCUGAAAGCUUCAGUGAUGCCAAAAAUAAAUUGAGGAGCUACGCGGCGCACAUCAAGCGGCCCUUCUCGGUGAAAUACGAACCCUACACCCACAGCAUCGAGCUCCUGGACAGCCCCCAGACGAUCUGCCACUCCCUGGAGAGCGUAAGGGAUGAGCUUCACUCGCUGGUUAACGCGCUCAAUGUUAUCAGUUAA